AUGAACGAGUAAGAUGAUGAAAUACUUGUUGAAGAGAUCUUAUGCUGUUAAAACGAUGAUGAUAUAAAAAGUCUUGUUGAUUCUCAGUGUUUAGAUAUAAUUGGAAACUCUUUGUAAGAUUAAUUAAAAUUGGCACAUAAACAACUUUUUCGAGUUAUUAGAAUAUUUAGAGAAUUUUUGAAUUCAAGUCCAAAUUAAUUUAUGGAGUUAAAAAUAAAGAAAGAACAGAAUUAAGUUUUGUAAUAGAAUUACUUAAUAAUUCAUCAUGAGUUGUAAAGAAACAAAAAUAGAGUAAAGCAAAUUGAAGAAAUAAAUAGUGAACUUAAACUUUAAAUAAAAUUAUACGAAGGAGAUUUUGAGACAAUUAGAUAAUCAAGUUUUGAAGAUAUAAAAAAAGUGGAAGAUUAAUUAGUUAAAACAACUAACUAAAUUUCUCUUUAUAAAAAUUCACUGAUUUAAAAGUUUUGUGUAAUAUGUCUCUAAAAGGAAUAUUGUAUAUUACUGAAACCUUGUGGACAUAUUUGUGUUUGUGAAGAGUGUUCAAAAAAGAUUGAGCAUUGUCCUAUUGAUAGACUCAAAAUUUUUAAAAUGAAGAAAAUUUACUUAUCAUGA